AUGCCAGGUGCUGAGGAAGAGGGGCCAGGUAGCUACAGCAGAGGAAGGUUAUCCUUCUCCGUCAUGGAGGAGGUUUUUACCCUGUCAGGGUUUAAUGACACACUCAGCUACAGAGCUGUUGUCUUUUCUCUUGCAUCGCUUUGUUACUUUGCUAUCCUGUUCUUUAAUGUUGCUAUUAUCAUUGUGAUUGUGUUAGAUGAAUGCUUACACGAGCCUAUGUACAUUCUGUUAUGUGUUCACUGCAUUAAUGGACUUUACGGCACAGCUGGGUUUUACCCAAAAUUCCUCGCUGACCUUCUGUCAUCCUCUCAGGUCAUCUCUUAUCAUGGAUGUCUGGUUCAGGCUUUUGUCUUAUACUCAUUCGUCUGCAGUGAUACGUCCAUUCUUACCGCCUUGGCUUAUGACAGAUACCUGGCAAUCUGUCUGCCUCUGCAGUACCACUCAAUCAUGACAAACAGAAGGGUUUAUUCAUUGGUGUGCGUGUCAUGGUUAACUCCUUUCUGCAUUUUUUCCGUCAACAUUGUCCUGACAGCCAGAUUGAGGUUCUGUGGGACAAACAUACAGAGGCUCUUCUGUCUAAACUGGGUGAUUGUUAAACUUGCUUGCCCAGGCUCCAACACUGUCAUAAAUAAUGUUUACGCGUUAGCCACUUUGUCAAUCUAUAUAGCACAUUGGCUCUUUGUGAUCUGGACUGAUGUAUACAUUAUUAAAACUGUGAAAUCCAAAGAGGACAGGGCAAAGUUUAUGCAGACAUGCGUCCCACAUCUAAUCUCUCUCGUCAUGUUGUUCGUCAUUGUGGUGUCUGACUUGAUGCACAUGCGAUUUACAUCAUACGAUCUUCCUCUGAGCUUCCACAACUUUUCCUCCCUCGCCGUUGUCUUUAUUCCUCCACUUAUGAAUCCUCUACUUUAUGGAUUUAAACUCACAAGAAUUCGAAGGAGGAUAUUUGUUUUGCUAUUCCUGAGAAAAAAAUUGCCUGUGUCGUCUUAG